AUGGCAAACCAAACAAAACCGAUCGUAUCUCUAUUACUCGAAAAGAAACCACUUGAGCUUAUUAAACCCUCAAAACAUACUCCUUCUGAAACUCUCUCCCUCUCUACUUUGGACAAUGAUCUUUUCAAUGAAGUUAUGUACGCAACGAUUUACGUUUUCAAAGCCAAUGAAAAGAACCAAAAUGAUCCUGUCCCUUUGCUUAGGAAGGCUUUGUCCGAACUUCUUGUCUACUACUAUCCCCUUUCAGGCAAGCUCAUGAGACGAGAGAGUGACCGAAAACUUCAGUUAGUUUUUUGGGGUGAGGGAGUUCCAUUUGAGGUCGCUACUGCAUCCGUGGAGCUCUCCUCCCUCAACUCUAUAGAAAAUCUUGAUGACCAAGUUGCUUUGCGCCUUGUGCCUGAAAUUGAAAUAGACUACGAUAGCAAUGUCUCUUAUCAUCCACUAGCUUUGCAGGUGACUAAAUUUUCAUGUGGAGGAUUCACCAUCGGCACCGCGUUGACGCACGCCGUAUGUGAUGGAUAUGGAGUGGCUCAGAUCAUUCAUGCUUUAACAGAAUUGGCUGCAGGAAAGAGAGAGCCAACGGUGAAGCCGGUGUGGCAGAGAGAGCGUUUGGUCGGAAAAUUUGAUAAUGAACCGGCCAAAGUGCCUGGCGGGCACAUAACUAGCCUUCUGGCCACCUCGCCUUAUAUUCCAACUAGUGAUAUGGUAACGGAGACAAUAAACAUUAGAGCUAGGAAUAUAAAGAGGCUUAAAGACUCUUUGAUGAAAGAGUGCGGGUACCCAAAAGAGGGUUUCACUACUUACGAAGUACUUAGUUCUUGCAUAUGGAAAUCAAGAUCUCGAGCCCUAAAGCUAAACCUUGAUGGGAUCACUGUCCUUGGUGUAGCUGUUGGAAUCCGACAUGUUUUAGAUCCGCCACUUCCUCAAGGAUACUACGGUAACGCCUACAUAGAUGUCUAUAUCGAGUUAACUGUGAGAGAACUCCAAGAAGCAUCAAUCUCUGACAUUGCUAAGCACGUGAAGAAAGCCAAGAAAACAGCUUAUGACAAGGGAUACAUCGAGGAAGAGCUAAAGAAUACGGAGAGAUUGAUGAGGGAUAAUGCCAAGUUUGAAGGGGUAAGUGAUGGACUAUUGUUCUUGACAGACUGGAGGAACCUUGGUUGGUUCGGAUCAAUGGAUUUUGGUUGGAAUGAGCCGGUGAAUCUGCGGCCGUUGAUCGAGCAGAAGACUGCACUGCAUAUAGGAAUGAUCUUGAGACCUUCACAACUUGAUCCAUCAAUGGAAGGUGGAGUUAAAGUGAUCAUGACGUUACCAAGAGUUGCAAUGGUUGACUUCAAGCGAGAGAUGGAUGCUUUGAACAAACUUUACUAUUAA